AUGACUUGGGAGGUUGCAAGCAAUGUUGAUAAGAUGUGGGUCAGAGUGUUCAAUAAGAAAUAUGUAAGAAGUAAAAAGUUUAUGAGAAUGUCUGUGCCAAAAGCAGCGUCAUGGUCUUGUCAAAGUAUUUUCGGUGGUAGAGAAGUGAUUAAAAAGGGACUAUGCCACAGGAUAGGUAAUGGUUUGAACACUUGGAUAUGGGAAGACCCAUGGAUUCCAAAUGAUCCUAGCUUAACCCCUCACGUUCAAAAUGGUGCUACCCGAGAAGCUUAUUUAGUGGUUGAUUUGGUGGAUCAGGACUCAAGACAAUGGGAUAGGGGUUUACUUUCAGAUCUUUUUGAGCCAGCAACAGUCAAUAGAAUCCUCAACAUUCACCUCUCUCAACAAUCAGUCAAUGAUCAAGUUUUUUGGUGCUUGAAUCCCUCAGGUGAAUUUUCUGUGAAAUCGGCCUAUAAUGCUUGUUGA